AUGUCAGAGAUCGGUGGUGACGAUGUUCUAAAGGAAGAGAGCGAGACUAUAGUCAAUCUAUCACAGGAAUUACAGAGCCAGAUAUCUAAAAAUUCUGAGCUGGGCACGAGGCUGUUAUCACUGUUACUGGUUAGCAGUAGUAACGGGAAGGAAAUCAUCGGUGCUAUCAAUAGAGGGGACAUUUCUCGAAUAAAAAAUUUGAAUUUCAAUGCCAAGGUUACAAAGAGCGACAUAAAGGAAGACGAAAUUGAUGUCAUUAAGAGGAAGAAAAGUACUGAGGCGUCCGCUAGAUUCCGAAUUCGUAAGAAGCAAAGAGAGCAAGAGAGGCAGUCGGAAUUGAAGGAGCUGAAUAUUCGGAUCCAGAACCUCAAUAAGAGAGUCGACGUUUUGCUGGACGAAAACCGCUACUGGAAACGACAGCUGGAGAAAGUAAAUGACAGAAAAUCAGAAGAACUCCUGGAGAGUAUCAGGAGACGAAAUCAAUGCACCCAAGAUGGGUAA